AUGGACUUCAACAUGGAAAAUAACAGAAGAACCAUGUACUCCGAGAAUCCUAGCGACAUACUGGACUCUCAGUAUAUAGAAUCUCUCCUGCAGGCUCCCGAGGGAGAAACCCCUACGACAGAAAAUAAUAAAAAUAAAACUCAACACGACGUCUUUUCCAGCCCCACUACUGGACCCAUGGUGAUGGGCGGUAAUCAUGAUGAUUAUUUAUUUGACAAUUUCAUAUCUACCGGUACAUUGGAUGCGUUCCAUCAUAAUGAUACAAAUGCAACUGCACCUAAUAUUUUUAUGUCCGAACACGAAUUCACUACUGUCCCUAAAGAUGAUAUUAAAUCAAGAAGAGAUGUUUCCGUUGUGCCUAAAUGGUCAUUAGUGGAUUGUAGAACUUUAUUAAACGAUACUGUGACAUUUGGAAGGACUGAAUCUGUUCAUACAGUCCGUCAGAGUCCCAUAGAUUACAUAAAUCUAGAUGAGAGUCUGCUGCCCUAUACGCUAUCUGUAGAGGGACUUCCCGAGAUAUCAAGAGUGGAAAAUCAAUUAAAACUUUCAAUGAAGUUAUCCAAUAAGACCGAAGGUGCCGCCAUUCCUGAAAACAUGAUCUAUCUAUCAAGUGACUGUAUUGCAAGGCAAAAAUUUUAUGUCUCUAAGGAUUUAUCUGCAUAUCCUAAGGAAUUCCAAGAUCAAUUGUUACACUUGGAAGCAUUCUUAGUUUGUACAUCCAAUAAGAAGAUUUCAAAUGCAUGCAUGAAAUGUGUCAAGAGAGAACAAAGAAGAGCUUCCAGAAGGAAAUCAGGGUUACAUGAUAAUAUGCUAUGGUGUGAUAAUGAAAACAGAAGGGCUGUAGUAUUUAAUAAUAGACAAGUCUUUGUCGUCAAUAGUGAAAGUGCUGAUAGUCAAACGAAGAAAUUUGAACUGACUGCAAGAUUGGUAUGUUAUUGUAGGCAUCAUGAUGCUGCCAAUGGAUUUCAAAUCCUAUUCGUUGUUAGAAAUACAAUGGGUGAUGUCCUGGCUAAGACGUUUACUUCAUCCAUAAUGAUUACAGAUAAGAAGCCUAGCAGUCUAACUUCAUUUCCAGCAUCAAAUACAGAACCUAAACCUUUAUCAAACGGAGUGCCCACAUUGUCAACCACUAUGAGUGAAAAUAAUAUCAUGGAAACUACCAGUUCCGCCACCAGUCAAGCUUACAUGGAACCAAAUAACGAUUAUUCCUUUGUAAAUGAGAAUUAUAUGGCAGUUACACCAACGGCAUUAAUGAACAAAGGUACGAGAUUGUCAUCAACAAAUUUAACUAGUGAAGGUUCCGAAUCUCAUAUUAGUGAUUUUAUUAAUAAUAGUAAUCACUUCAAUUCAGCAACAUCGGUGUCUCCAGGAAAUUCUAUCACAGCAACAGAUGUUCAAGGAAGGAAACGAUCACGUAUGAAUUUACAAGAUACAUACCGUUACAAUACCCAAGUACCACUCUCCAAUCAAUAUUUAUCCAAAACAACUUCUCCAUUGGCAAAUAACACGGUUGUCCCUACAGACUUAACUAAUAUUAAUAUCAGCAAAGCACAACACAAUAAUAGUCUUCCCUCUAGCCUCCCAUUAAAUGCAAAUAGACCGAGUAUCCAACGUGUAAUACCAGCGGAGGGACCCAUUAACGGUGGUAUUGAAGUAACUCUCCUGGGAUUUAACUUUAAACCAAAUUUAGUUGUUAAAUUCGGUGAAAAUGUUGCUCUUUCUCUUCAACAUUGGAAUGAAUCCACAAUAGUCACAUAUCUACCACCUGCUGCUCAAGCAGGUCCUGUGGAUGUGACUAUAAUGGAUCCUAAUGAUCCUGAUCAUCAUCUAAUGGAAAUGAUGCAUCCAACUAAUAAAGUCAUAUUUACCUAUGUCGAUGAUACUGAUAGACAACUAUUAGAGCUUGCCUUAAAGAUUGUUGGUAUGAAAAUGAAUGGUAAAUUGGAGGAAGCACGUAAUGUAGCUAAAAGGAUUUUAGGGAGUGACCCAACCUCACCUCCAUCGUCAUCGUCAUCCUCAAAUAUUUCACCUGCAAACGUGGGCUCCCAUCAAUAUAAUACUAAUGCUAACGACAAUAAUACUCUUUCUGAUGAGGUUUUAUUGACUAAAGUGAUUAAAACUUUAAAGAGUUCUUCCAAUAUUUCCAUGUGUGACAACUUAGGCCGCACUUUAUUGCAUUUAGCUGUCUUGAAAGGCUAUUCUCAUUUGACCUCGCAACUGAUACAGAGUGGUGCUAGGAUUGCUGUGAAAGACAUAUUUGGAUAUACUCCGUUACAUUUUGCAUGUGUAAAUGGUAGUAUCGAGAUGAUUAAGCUAUUAUUAAGUUGCGAAGCUUCAGUGAAUGACGUUACUAAGAACAAUUUAACUCCAAAGAUGUUAUUCCUAAGUAAUAGAGGAUCUAACGCUGAUGCAAAGAUGACAGACGACGUUCUACAUCUACUAGAUGAAUUUGAUGAAACACAUAAUUUGUCGAGACCUAUAUCGACGAUUAGUUUGGAUUCACUUGAUAAAGUAUCCAUUCAUUCCGAGCAGGGUGUGGGUGAAAGGAUAGUUAGACAAGAAACAGAAAAUUCUGGUUAUGAGUAUAGCGGAUUUGAAGAUUUUGAUGAUGAUCUUAACGAUGAGCCAUGGUCACAGUCGGAAUCUGAUAGUGAACAUCUUUCAGAGCAUCGUUCUAGAAUGCAACAAAUUCCCAAUGAUAACGGACUUGAUUCUCUACCCAGAUAUGAAGAUAUUUUCCCUACCAAUGGAACAGAAAGCUCACAAAAGGAGAAAAGUAUGGCUGUCAUUGUUCAUCCAGCUCCAGCUCCAACUGGAUUGGUUACAUCCUCUUCCUCACAAGUGGAGGACUCGCAUACGUCUUCUGAAGACGAAACAGAAGCAUUUCAACGAGGGUUUAACAGAUUCUUCCAAAAUAGACAAAAGUUUAGAAAUGAUAAAAUGUUAUUUUUCUUUUGGUUGCCAGUUACUCUUAUUUUGUUGACUUAUUUCGUGUUAUAUGCAUUGGGAGGAAACAAUGGAAGAAUUCAUCGCAUGGCAAGUGUGGUACCAGAGUAUUUACGAUGCGGUUUGGCAAAAGUGCUUUUGGGCAAUGAAAGAAUGAAAACAUUAGUGAAGACUAAAUUUUCUGAAUUUCAAAAUACAGGGGUUUUGAACGAUAUUAUGGUUGGAUAG